GCCUGCCUCAUUAGAGAGAAAGUUCCCAAAAUCUUCAUCUGUUUCUUUCUCUCGCUGCCCCGCUCUCUCUCUCAUCUUCAGUAAACUCAGGAGCACAGACAGAUGACCAGUCCGCAUAGGGAAUUUUCCUGUUCGAGCAAUCACUAGACCAAACAUCAAUAUAAGCACUGCCGAGUCGGAUUUGAUGCGGGAGCUGAAAGUAUUAACCACAAAACCAAUAUCAUGCCUUAGAAGAUAAGCCCAAAACUUAGGAUUGGGCCCAAACAUCCGCUUGUUGCCAACCCAAUAAAAGUAGGAUUAGGCCGAACUUGUCAAACUUAUGCUUUCAAACCCAUUCAAACCUUCUCUUCUGUCUCUCUCUUCGCCAAAGCCAAUAUGAAAGUCCAAAGAAGCCAACUCCCUUCAUUUCUCAAAUUCUUUAUCGUUCAAAAUUCAACCUUGCAACCUUGCAACCUUUUGAGCAGGCCAACUGGAUUCUCCAAAGAAAAGAUGAUGAUAGAUCGUUAUUCGAUAGCUUUGUUUCUGGUGCUUUCAUUUCUUGUUGGAGUCUUGGAUGCUAGUGCUGGUGAUUCUGAUCCACGUUACAGGACUUGUGUAGCACAAUGUGAGAAAACUGGAUGUGUUGGGGAAAGAUGCUUUCCCCACUGCAAGUUUCCUUCUGAUGGGGUUGCCAGUGACGGUCCAUGGUACAUGCAAGAACCACUUUACUUGAAGUGGAAACAAUGGGAUUGCGAAAGUGAUUGUCGUUACAAUUGCAUGAUUGAUAGAGAGAAAGAAAGAGAAGCACUUGGCGAUGGACCUGUCAAGUAUUAUGGUAAAUGGCCCUUCAAGCGAGUUUUUGGGAUUCAGGAACCAGCUUCUGUAGCUUUCUCUGCACUCAACCUAGCAAUGCAUUUUCAUGGUUGGCUAUCCUUUUUCAUCCUUCUUUACUACAACUUGCCUUUAAAACAAGAUAAGAAGGCAUACUAUGAGUUUGCAAGCUUGUGGCAUAUAUAUGGGCUCUUGGCAAUGAACUCGUGGUUCUGGAGUGCUGUUUUCCAUAGUCGUGAUGUGGAUUUGACAGAAAAGUUAGACUACUCAUCUGCUGUGGCACUGCUCGGGUACUCUCUUCUUCUGACUAUACUUAGAAGUUUCAAUGUGAGAGAUGAGGCUGCCAGAGUCAUGGUUGCUGCUCCAUUGCUCGCCUUUACAACUACCCAUAUAUUGUUCCUCAACUUCUAUUCCCUUGACUAUGGGUGGAACAUGAAAGUAUGUGUAGUCAUGGGGGUUGCUCAACUUCUCAUUUGGGCAAUUUGGGCUGGUAGGACACACCAUCCUUCUCGCUGGAAGUUGUGGGUGGUGGUGUUUGGAGGUGGCCUAGCUAUGCUUCUAGAGAUUUAUGAUUUCCCUCCUUAUCAAGGAUUCUUUGAUGCCCAUGCUUUAUGGCAUGCCACAACUAUUCCACUUACCUGCAUAUGGUGGAGUUUCAUUAGGGACGAUGCCAAGCUUCGAACAUCUGUCCUCCUUAAGAAGGCUAAGUAGCUCCCUGUAAGACUGACUUGUAAACCAUCAUCCUCUUCUCGCACCUUGACCACUCUGUCGUAUUAAUUGGCAGAAGGUUUUCAUAUUUUUUAUUUCUUUUCCUGUUAUUGUUCUUGUUAUGAGCAGAAAUGGAGGAGAUUGCUUAGUUGGGAUUCCCUGUUGGUUGAAACUUGAAAGACCUAUUUUGCUGGAAUUGGAUUCAGAAACCAAUAUCGAAGUUGUAACAGGGAACUAAUUCAAUUCUUUUGUAGAUUUAACCCAUUAUGCUUGAACUUUUUACUCACUUUGUUAUCAUGCAUUUAUUUACGAGGCAUUUAUGUGGGUGGUCCUGCCAUGCACAUGCACUACUUGCAGUUUUAAACAUACAGUUUCUGUAAUUUGUUCCUUCUAGUCCUCUUGGUACUGUUUAGCUAA